AUGAACUUUGAGCUUAUUGUGCUGCUGUUUCUUGCUGUUCUGGAGAAGGCGUGGAAAGUGCCACCACCUGUAUUCAGCAGCCGGGCUGGCAAACCUGCCACCUUGCAGCCGGAACCCUUCCGCAGAAGGGAAAACACCGAGCUUCAUAUCAGCGAAAGUUUGCACGCCAUGCGCAAGGACGGAAUGGAUUCUGAGUUCAGGCAUAACAUCUCUAUUCGUGAGAGAAGGCUGGUGACUGCUCUGAAUGUCGCUGGCAAAAGCAACCAGAAGGGCUGGGCGGCAGUUCGGCACUUGUAUGAGCAGUAUACCGGUCUGAAAGUUCCGGUUCACAGCGCCGCAUUACAAGCCGCCUACCGUUGCAAGCAGUAUUCAGAGGCAGCAGAGAUGUACAACAACAUCCGAAGCAAAGCCUCUGUGAGAGUCGAUCGAGUUCUGCUACUGCACGGCAUGAAGAUCUUCGGGAAGUUGCAGAACAGUACUGCCGUCGAUUCAAUCUGGCAGGAGGUUCUUGCAAAUGGAUGGGUCAACAAGUUUCUGGCUGGAGCUCGGAUUGCUGCAGCCAGCGAGAUGGGUGACAUUCAAGGAGCUGCUUCUAUCUUGGAGCUUAUUGUGCAGGAGACCGUGCCACUUUACGACAUCCACUUCGCUUCAGCGAUCAAUGCCUGCAAAAACUCGAACCAUUCUAACCGCCACAGGGUAGCCACGUAUUUCUUGGAACGCAUGCUGGGGAUAGGCUUGCAGCCGAGCAUUGUCACUUUCGCCAACUUAGUUGGAGCUCACCGACAGGCCCCGCUGGAUAUGCUUGAAGGAAUCAUAUCGAAGAUGAAUCACACCGGCGUCAGUCCCAACCAGGUGUUUACAGAAGCAUUCUUGGGUGCUUUGUUGCAGGGUCGUCUCACGGAAGCCUGGACGGUGAAAGACGUCCGUGCUCGGCUGAAAGGGACAAGCAGGGACAGGCUGAGGGUGGCAAAGUUGUUUCUGAAAGAUGUUCGGGCUCGAGGUGUCCGGCUGACAAAGUUAAGCUCCCUGGCCGAGCAAUAUCUGCAGCAGCAGACCCUGCUUCGAGACAAGCGACAGCCAAAAGGCAUCCACGCAUGA